GUCCAGACAGAAUGACAGAUAGAGGUUAUGGCGGGGUAACUGGUUUAAGGUCACGGCAAAUUUUUUGAGCAAAAUUUGAAUAUUUGAAUGCACAUAAUCAAAUUUCAGGGGUUUCAGUUACAAAACUUUAUGUUUAUAUAACACUUCUUUAUGAUCGUAUUUUGUGUUUCCUUAUUGGUGUUGAACAUUCAAGACUAAUAUUCAAUUGAAAUAUCAUUUAAACGUAUUUUUCCAAAAAAAAAAAGAGAUUUCUUUGAGUGCGAAUAGAUUUUACCAAAUAUGCUACUGAUAAUGCUAUAUCACCGACCAAAAUUAGCCUAUUCCAGAUGAACAUUAUAUAAAAAUUCCGUUACUCGAACAUAUCUGAAUUUUCUAAAGGGAACAGCUAAAGAGAAAGUUUCUAAGUCACCAAUAACACCGUUUUGCUACGUUCCGUACUGCCGUAUUACCGUUCUAUAUACCUGUAUCUGGCCUAGUAAAUGUUGCAACAAGCAAACGUAUGAAUUUUCGACAAAAUAAUCAGUUGUAAACAUGAUAUUUAUUAUUGGGUGUGGGAUUAUAGUAUUCAUAACCGCCGUAGCUAUUGUUCGGUCGAAAAAGUCGCUAAAGACGAUUUUAGCAGAAGCAAGAUAUGAGUUGUUCUAUAAUUUCGUCGGAUCUAAGGCUAUGCUUCAGGAUUUCUUCAUGAGAAAGUCUAACAAAACUGAGCUACUAAUGAAAACGGGCAAGAAUGCUGUAAUCACUGGCGGUACAAGAGGCAUAGGUUUCGAAGUGAUAAAGAUGCUCAUGAAAUGCGACAUCAAUGUGAUAAUUGGUUGUCGUAACAUUCAACAGGGACAAGCUUUGUUGGAAAAGUUCAGAAGCGAAGAGAUAAAAACGGGUAACAUUGACGUGUUCAAACUAGAUAUAAGCGUAACAGAAUCUGUGAAAGAAUUUGUUGCCGCUGUGUCGCAGAAAUACUCCAAAAUACAUUACUUGAUAAAUAAUGCUGGAAUAAUGUUUGGACCUUACAUUGAAACUAGAGAUGGAUAUGAAUCACAAUUUUCAACAAAUUAUUUAGGACAUUUUCUUCUUACCCAUCUCUUGAUGCCACAACUAAAAGCUGCUGGAGAAGAAAAAGACAAUGCAAGAAUAGUCAAUGUAUCUUCAUGUGCUCAUGUUAUUGGAAAACUUAAAUUUGAGGAUAUCAAUAACAGGAACAGAUACAUACCAGGAGAGGCAUAUGCCCAAUCGAAGCUGGCUCAAAUACUUUUCUCAAAUUACUUGAAUAAACUAUUGGAAAAAGAAGGGGCGCACGUGCAGGUCCAUUCUGUGCAUCCAGGAAUAGUCAACACAGAUCUUUUCAAUAGUACCCAUUUGAAAAAAUUGGUACCGUGCUUACCGAAACUUUUAUUUAAGCAUCUUUCGGCACCAAGUUGUACAACGAGUCUUCUGCUCUUCCGUCACUAUGCGGUACUCACAGGGAACAAAGUUCGCGUCCUUCCUUCACUCUCAGCGUCAUCCAGUGUAAAAUUGUCCCUUUGGAAUUCUCUGUACCAUCUGAAUAUAGUCGUACAAUGAGGGCAAUCCAUCCUUUAAUGCACCAGAAAUGGGCGCGAUUCCAAUUGUACACGCCUGCCUUUCUCCCGAUCUAGAAGGAAAAGGAGGCACUUACAUCCACAACUGCAAAAUAUACUCCACUAGCGAGCGAGCUAAAUCAGAAGAUCUGCAAGAAAAACUGUUUGAAUUUACAAAGGAACUGCUUAAAAUCGAAAAAUUUUGAGUGGACAUUGUAUAUAAAAAAUUACUCUCAAUUGUUUAUGACACUAUAAUUUUAUACUGCAAUUAAAUUACAUGCAGAUCACUUCUAAACGUGUUAACUGUAUUAUAGUACCUAUUAUGAAUGGUUAAUGAUUCAGCAAUAUUUUUCAAUGCUAGUCAUGUACGGAACCGAUAUUAUGGAACACUUUUUUAUACAAAUUUUGUUAACAAUUCACGCGUGAUGUAUGAAUAAAAUAUUUUGUUCUUUUACUGUUAUACAACUUUAUUUUAGUGAUACAGUUAUUCUUUGGUUUGAA